AUCAGUAGCCUUGCCGUUCCCGAGCCUUCCCCUCGCCGGCGCGGACCGGUCGAAACAUCGAGUCCCACGAAAAUGGCUUCCCGCCUCUUAACCAGAUCAGCGGCGGCGCGCCUCGUCUCCCGCCUCCACCGCAAGACGCUACGCACUGCUCACCGCCCCCUCUCCCACGCCGCCGCCUUGGCGUCCCUCCUGGGGCCCACUGAUGGCCUCCCCCACGCCGCCGACUCCACGCUCCUCCGCGUUCCGGUGCGGUGGUUCUCCUCUCCGUCCACGGAGGCGUUGGCGGAGGCUCCGAUGACCGCUGACGGCCUGACGGUAGAUUCGAUCGCCGACAAGGGGUGGACCAUCCUUCCCGAAGCCGACAGCGACUGGCGCAGCCACGCCGCCGCCGUCGCGCAGUCCGUCAAGCUCAUCAAGAAGCGCCUCAAGUGGGGAUGGAUACUUGAGAGAACGAAGCAAUUGGCUGUGGUGUUGGAGAGGCCAGACCUCUGGGAAGAUCCAGUUUUUGCUGGGAGGGUUAGCCGUGAGCAGGGUGAGCUCAUGGGCAAGAUUAAGUCAGUGAACCAGUUUGAGCAGGAAUUGAUUGAACACAUUGAGAUGCUACGGCUUGCACGUGAAGAAAACGAUAAUGAACUUGAGAUGGAAAGCAUGAGGGCUUUAGCCGAUAUGAGAAGAAGUGCAAAGGAGAAAGAACUUAAUGCGUUACUUUCUGGAGACAAUGACUCUUGUCCUUGCUUCAUUGAGGUUCAGGCAGGGGCUGGUGGCACCGAGAGUAUGGACUGGGCUGCAAUGGUCAUGAACAUGUAUAGGUCAUGGGCCCAGCGACGAGGAUAUACAGUCACUGUGGUAGAAGAGAUGCCUGGUGAAGUAGCAGGAAUCAAGGAACUGAUCUUAAACAGCUGCUAUUUCCAGAGGGCCACUAUCAAAGUUGAUGGUGAAUAUGCAUUUGGAUAUGCCAAAGCUGAAGUAGGAGUUCAUAGAUUGGUGCGAAUUUCUCCAUUUGACAGUGGAAAGCGACGGCACACUUCCUUUGCAGCUGUUGCUGUAAUACCUAUUCUUGGGGAUGCUGCUAGCCGAUACCAGAUCAAAGAUUCUGAUCUUAGGAUAGAACGUUUCCGUUCUGGUGGCCCUGGUGGUCAGCAUGCCAACACUACAGAGAGUGCCAUUCGAAUUGUGCACAUCCCAACUGGUAUAAGUGCAACAUGUCAAAAUGAAAGAUCACAGCACAUGAACAAGGCAUCAGCAAUGGCAGUGCUCCAAUCUCGUCUUGAUCAGCUUGAGAUUGCUCGCCAAGCACAGAUGAAUGCAGAGCACACACAAUCACUCAAUGAAAUCAGCUGGGGCAACCAAAUAAGAUCUUAUGUUCUCCAUCCAUACCGUAUGGUCAAAGAUCUCCGGACGAACUAUGAAGUAUCUGACCCCGAUUCAGUCCUAGAAGGAGACAUAGAUGAUUUCAUCUUGAAUUAUUUGUCUUCAUCACUGGAUGAAGCUGAUGUAAGUACCUGAACAUAAAAAAUCAUGCUCGGCCAUUUUUCAUGAGCUACCUGCCAAGUCACUUGGCUGAGAAACAAAUCAACUGAGACACUGGAUGUGCUGCUCCUGUCUUUUGUUUUAGCGAACACAAAAUUUAAGGUACGGGAUAGUAGAAGGCUGCAAGUGCAAAAAUCAGAGUUAGUUACACAGGAUAAAUGUUAUAGUGUAACAUGUAGUUAACGUAAUAGACAAGGCAAUACAAUGAAAAUAUUUGCUAGAUAGUCGAGAUGCGGUUAGUUUUUCCUGUACUACCGCUACCGUUUGUGAUGGAUGUAUAAACAGCCAUCCGUAGUUAUCUACAGUAGCUCUACUUGACUGUAGUGACUGACAGUGUUAGACCCAAUUAAGCUGAGGUGGUUAAUUGAUUAUUUUUCUCCAGUUCGUUGUUGCA